AUGGCGUCCGCUAACAUGCCCUCGAUUGCCGUUGUGGCUUCGUCGCGCGCCGUUAUCUCCGGCCGUCUGACUGCUGCCACCGUCGUGAUCUCACGGACAACCGGCAAGAUCACCGCCGUCUUCGAUUCCGUGAUUCCGGCUUCGGAAUUCCCCGCUGAUACUCCCUACACCGACUACUCGCCGCAUGUGUUGCUGCCCGGUCUGGUUGAUGCUCAUGUUCACUUGAACGAGCCGGGCCGUACCGAAUGGGAGGGCUUCUACACCGGCACCCAGGCUGCUGCCUUUGGCGGUGUCACUACCGUGAUUGAUAUGCCUCUCAAUGCUAUCCCGCCCACCACUACUGUGCACGGUCUGAAGGAGAAGAUUCAGGCUGCUCAGGGUAAAUGCUGGGUGGAUGUUGGCUUCUAUGGUGGUAUUAUCCCCGGCAAUGCCAAUGAGCUCAAGGCUCUUGUUCAGGAGGGUGUCCGUGGCUUCAAGGGCUUCCUAAUUGACAGUGGUGUCGAUGAGUUCCCUGCUGUCAGCACGGAAGAUAUUAAAAAGGCCAUGGCCGAGCUGGCUGAUGAGCCUACUACCCUCAUGUUCCACGCUGAGAUGGUGCCCCCUAUCACUGCAUCCGUGGGUGAUGAAGUCCAGAAGUCUGAUGCUCCGGCCGCACCAACUGGCCCUCUCGAGGCGUAUGCUACUUUCCUCGCCUCGAGACCCUCAUCCUUUGAGACCUAUGCCAUCGAAAGCAUUCUGGCCCUGGCUCACCUCGCCCCCAAUCUUCCCCUGCACAUCGUCCACCUCUCAGCCAUGGAAGCCAUCCCUCUACUGCGGGAAGCCCGCGCCGCCGGCGUCAAGAUCACUGCCGAGACCUGCUUCCACUACCUCUCCCUAGCAGCCGAAGAAGUUCGCGACGGCGACACCCGCCACAAGUGCUGCCCACCCAUCCGCUCCAAGCUCAACCAAGACGGUCUCUGGGAAGAACUAGAGAAGCACUCCGGCGACGGCGUCAUCAAGACCGUCGUCUCAGACCACUCCCCCUGCACACCAGACCUGAAGCAACUCCCACCCCACGUCCCCGGCCACUGCACCAGCACCACCAAGAAGGACGAGGACAAGGGCGACUUCUUCUCAGCCUGGGGUGGCAUCUCCUCCGUCGGCCUGGGCCUGCCGAUCCUCUGGACAGACCUCAGCCGCCGCAAGGGCCUGACCUCCUCCCCCGAAGAUGAAAACACAAAGAACGCCCUGCAAGACGUCGUCCGUCUCUGCUGCGCCAAUACCGCCGCCCAGGUCGGCCUGCAAUCGCAGAAGGGUGACCUGGUCGUCGGCUUCGAUGCUGAUAUCUGUGUCUUUGAUGAUUCGGCCGAGUGGACUGUCGAGCCUUCUACCAUGCUCUUCCGUAACAAGUGCUCGCCCUACCAGGGCCGUACGCUGCGCGGUAUGGUUCGCGAGACUUGGUUGCGUGGUGAGCGGGUCUUUAGCCGUGAGCAGGGCUUUGACUGUGAAACUCCUCACGGCAAGCUGCUCCUUGAGAAACGGGUUUGA